GACGGCGAGAAACCGUCUGCAUGUGAUGUUAUGUUUGUUUAUUGUUUAUAGUGAAGCAGGGCAGGUAUGUGGAGUGUGGCCGCUGCCUCAGCGCAUGGUUCAAUCUUCUGAGAUAUACAGUUUAAUUCCUCAGCUCUUCACUUUCGGCUACACUAAGGAUUCAGCUGUACAGAGUGGAUGCUCUGUUCUAGAUGCUGCUUUCAAGAGAUACUUCAGCAUCAUCUUUCCUGACUUUACAUAUAAAAAAGGAUUCAGUAACUCGUGGUUUGAGCCCGAACCCUUCACAGUAUCAGUGGGUGUCAAAAGUGGUGGAUGUGAUGGAUAUCCUGAUGAAGGCUCAGAUGAAAGCUAUAGCCUGAGUGUGUCUGCAUUUCAAGCCGUCAUUAGAGCAGAGUCAGUGUGGGGAGCUCUGAGAGGUCUGGAGUCUUUUAGUCAGCUAGUGUACCAGGAUGAUUAUGAUGCAUAUUAUGUCAAUAAAACUGAGAUUGAGGACUUCCCCCGCUUUCCAUUUAGAGGGCUUUUGCUGGACACCUCAAGGCACUAUUUACCUUUGAAUGCUAUUAUCAAGACUCUGGAUGCGAUGGCCUAUAAUAAAUUGAAUGUGUUCCACUGGCACAUUGUAGAUGAUCCUUCUUUCCCAUAUCAGAGCUUUACCUAUCCUGAUUUGAGUGACAAGGGAGCUUUUCACCCAGUGACCCACAUUUACACACAGAAAGAUGUAAAAAAGGUGAUUGCUCAUGCAAGGUUAAGAGGAAUCAGAGUUGUGCCAGAGUUUGACUCUCCAGGACACACUAAGUCAUGGGGUAAAGGGCAGCCAGACGUACUAACCCCCUGCUAUCAGGGAGACGUCCCCUCUGGAUCAUUUGGCCCAGUCAACCCAAUUCUGGACUCUACAUUUAAGUUCAUGACUAACCUUUUUGAAGAGGUGAACUCUGUCUUUCCUGACUCUCAUGUCCACAUUGGGGGGGAUGAAGUGAACUUCCAUUGCUGGGACUCCAACCCUAAUGUGAGGGCAUUCAUGAAGAAAAAGGGCUUUCACAAAGAUUACACCAGGCUUGAGUCAUACUACAUGGAAAACAUUAUGAACAUCACUGCUACCCUUAACAAGACUGCCAUUGUUUGGCAGGAUGUAUUUGACUACCAUGAGAAAAUCCCUAAAAACACAAUUCUGGAAAUCUGGAAAGGAGUCCCUGCAGCCUACCGUGCUGAAAUGAGCAAAAUGACUAAGGCUGGUCACAGGGUGCUGCUCUCUGCUCCCUGGUACAUCAACCAUAUCAGUUAUGGCCAAGACUGGCGCCAAGCCUACACUGUGCAGCCCCGGAACUUCUCCGGUACAGAUGAACAGAAACAGCUAGUGAUUGGUGGUGAAGUCUGCAUGUGGGGAGAAUAUGUGGAUGCAACCAAUCUUCAUCCUCGCCUAUGGCCACGAUCGAGUGCAGCAGCUGAGAGGUUAUGGAGUGAUGAAGAGCAGACCACUAGUGUGGAUCAGGCGUUCCCUCGCCUACAGGACUUCCGCUGUAAACUGAUAAGACGCGGUAUUAAAGCAGAACCUUUGUUUGUAGGCCACUGCAAGUAUGAGUAUAAUGGUUUAUAGAAUGGGUGAAUAGAAGCAGGAGUGAAAAUGUUCUGUACUGAAUUAGGGCUUUACAAUAAUAGGUAAAUUAUCAGGAUUUAUUAUUAUUGUUUUUUAAAAUUGAUAUAGCACUUGAUUACCUCAGCUAUUCAAACUUCUAUUUUUUUAUGAUUUUACACUGUACAUUUG